AUGAGAGAUGAAUAUGUUACGGUCCGCCCUUAUAAAUGUUCUAUACCAGAUGAACGUGAAAUCAAAGAUCAAGUACAGAAGUUACUAGCAUCCGAUCUAAUAGAGGAAUCUGAUUCACCGUUCGCAUCACCGAAUGUGAAUAAUUUGUAUAUUUUAGAUUUAUCAAACAACAACAUAUCAUCGAUAUUUAUUAAUAAUACGAAUAGCUUAAAAUAUUUAUAUGUAGCAAAUAAUAACUUAACAUCGGUAUUUAUUCAAAAUGCAAAUAGCUUAUGGAACUUAGAUUUUUCACAAGCUUCAACGAUAUACAUUGAUAAAACAGGAAGGUUAGAACAUUUAGAUUUGUCAAAUCACAAAUUAACAUCAGUUGUAAUUAAUAAUGCAAAUAGAUUAGGAAGUUUAGAUUUAUCAUUUAAUGAUUUUUCCGAAAGAAAUCAUUUAAAUAUUACUGGUUUAAAUGAAUUAGUAGAUUUAGAUUUGUCAAAUAGUAAUAUGCAUCAACUACCAAAGUUCACUGGUUUAUAUCAUUUAAAUACGUUAAAUUUAACCAAUAAUAAAUUAAGUACUUUCGAAAGCGGAAGCUUUUCAGAUUUAUCAUAUUUAAGAAUGUUAAAUUUAUCCAAGAAUCAAAUAAAAGUACUACCAAGUGGAGUGUUCCUUGGAUUAAAUUAUUUAAAAACAUUGAUACUAUCAAAUAAUAAAUUAUGUAUAUUUAAAAGUAAAAGCUUUUUUCAAAAAACAUAUUACUUAGAAAGUAUAGAUUUAUCAAAUAACAACUUAACAUCAAUAUAUAUUAAUGAUAUGAAUAACUUAAAAAAUUUAAAUUUAAUAAAUAACAAUUUAACAUCGAUAUUCAUUCAAAAUGCAAAUAGCUUACGGGGUUUAGAUUUAUCGAAUCAAAAAUUAACAUCGAUACAUAUUAAUAAAACAGAAAGCAUAGAACAUUUAGAUUUAUCAAAUCAAAAAUUAAAAUCGGUAUUAAUUAAUGAUGCAAAUAUGUCAAACAAUAAUAUUCAACAAAUACCAAAUGGAGGAUUCACUGGUUUAUAUCAUUUAAAUACAUUAAAUCUCAGCAAUAAUCAAUUAAGUUCUUUUGAAAGAGGAAGCUUUUCUGAUUUAUCACUUUUAAAUAUAUUAAAUUUAUCUAAUAAUCAAAUAAAAGUACUACCAAGUGAAUUGUUCCAUGGAUUAAACUCUUUAAGAAUUUUAAUAUUAUCAGAUAAUCAAUUAGUAAUAUUUGAAAAUUUGUCAAACAAUAUUAUUCAACAAAUACCAAAUGGCGCAUUUACUGGUUUAAAUCAUUUAUAUAGAUUAACUCUAGCUAAUAAUAAACUAAGUACUUUCGAACGUGGUAGUUUUUCUGAUUUAUCACAUUUAAAAAUGUUGAAUUUAUCUAAUAAUGAAAUAAAAUUUCUUCCAAAUGGAGUAUUCUAUGGAUUAAAUAUUUUAGAAAGUUUAAUAUUGGCUGGUAAUAAUUUAUGUGCAUUUGAAAGUGAAAGCUUUUCUCAAAAUUCAGAUAGCUUACAUAAUUUAGAUUUAUCAAAUAAUAACAUUCAAAACUUACGAAAUGGAUCUUUCACUAAAUUACAUAACUUGAAUACAUUGCUUCUGACAAAUAAUAAUUUAAGUACAUUGGAAAGCAGAAGCUUUUCUGGUUUAUCAGUACUAAAUAAUUUAGAUUUAUCAAAUAAUCAGAUUAAAGUUUUACCAAUUGGAAUAUUCCUUGAUUUAAAUAAUCUUGAAACGUUAAAAUUAUCAAAAAAUAAUUUAAAACUAUUUCACUUUGGAAGUUUCGCAGGGCUUUCUAGUUUGCAAAAUUUAGAUUUAUCUUUUAAUGAAUUAAAUGAUUUUCAAUUAAACAAAUUAUUGGACAUUAAUGAUUUAAAAAUAUUAAAUGUUUCA